AUGUCGACCCCAUCGAAUGCGUCGCCGGAUACUACUAUACUCGAUGAACACGAACAUGAAAGCGCCCACACUGCCACAAGCGGGCAUUCGUCAGAGACAGACGAGCGGCCUAAAUCAGAGGAUGUACCGGGUGUACAAAACGGAGAGGACGUGAAGCCGGAGUCACAAGACGGCGAAAUCAAGCAGGAGACCGUACCGCUGACACCCGAAGAAUCUGUCGGAAGCCCACAGUCGUCGAGCUCAUCCACCACCCGGCCACCAAACGACGGGCGUCGGGAAAAUGGCAACGACGAAAAGGCUGUCAUCGCUGACACCUCCUCGCGAAGCAGUGAUAAUGAUUCCGCAAAAAUCACCGAGGGAAUGGCGCGCGCAACAUUGAACGACUCUGGAAAAGGAACGUCGCAGCCUGUCGGUUAUACACCACCCCCCUCUGUCAGCGGUGGUAGCGGCUCUUCCGGAAAUAGCCAGCCUCAGAAAAUCAUCAAACCCUAUGAAACGGUCCAGUUCUGCAGGAGGCCCGGCUAUGUUAAUCCGGCAGUUGUCACUCCCGUUAAAGCCUACAGCAAUCACUUUGAAUUGAAGACUCCAGUUUCCAUCGAUUUUAUGCUAUACAACGUUGAAGUCAAUAUGCAUGACGGCCGUCAGUGGAAGCAAUUGAUCAAACGCGAGGACGUCGCCCCAAUUUUCUGGAAGAUUGUCAAGCAGAACAGCGAUGUCUUCCUGACGGAAACCGCUCAGAUCAGUCGCCAUCAUAUUUUCCCGACGAACUACAUUUUCAAUGACGUCAACCUUUUAUAUGUAAAAGGUUUGAAGCAGCUGCCAGGGGUCCGCGGUCACGCCUCUUACCUGUACACUGAAUCUGCGGGCAGAAGAGACUUCCGAUACGAAAUGACCGUAAAGCUCACCGGACCGCAGAGAGCUAGCUUCGCGAAAAAUGCGUCGCUCGAAGAAAGACAAAACGCGAUGACGCUGCUCGACCUCGUCCUCUCGGCUCGCGUCCGUUGUCUGCUUCAUCCAGCCUCUUGGCAGUUCACGACAUACCGCAUGAGCUACCGUAUCCAAAAGGUCGAGCAGGAGCGCCUGGUGAACAUGACCGACCAGAUCGUGCAGCGUAUCGCCGAUUUUAUCACGCAUACGGGGAAAAAGCCGAAGCAUAUCGUCAUCUACCGCGAUGGCGUCUCGGAGACCGAGUUCAAGCACACCUUCUACGAGGAGCAGAAAGCAUACAAUAACGCGCUGGCUCGUCUGAACAUGGAAGGCCCCGACAAGCCGACGCUGACGUACAUCGUCACAUCUAAGCGCCACCACACCCGCUUCUUCCCGGCCCCAGGCGCGAAGGAUUUGCUGCGCAGCGGCAACUUCCGCCCCGGCCUUUUGAUCGAGGACGACGUUGUCAGUUCCGAGUAUUUCGAUUUCUACAUUACCGCGCAAAAUGGAGCCCUGGGAACCUCGCGGCCCACCCACUACUACGUGCUGCACGACGACUGGAACCCGUCUUCCGGCUUUUGGCAGAACAUCACGUUCGCCCUGUGCCACCUGUACUGCCGGACGAACAAGUCGGUCUCGUUGCCUGCUCCCGUCUACUACGCGCAUUUGGCUGCCAAGCGGGCCGCCGACUGGGUUGCUGGUUAUGAACACAACUACUUUGCCGAGGACAAGGCGAAGGAACGGGGCGGCCAGGGCGAAGACGACACGUACACCUGGCUGAAGGAGAAGAACUCGACGCCCAAGGUCAAGGGAAUGGUUUUCUGC